UUCGUAUGGUCCUAUCACUAACCUGAGAAUACACCUUGAUUUCACACCUCAGCUCCACUCCUCCCGGUCUCCCAUUGGUGGAUGGCUCUGAUAUAGGCUCAACUCAACAGCAGUAGAACAUGACAGUGGCGUGCCAUCACAGCCAAACACACAACAUGCAUUUCUACCAAGAGCGCGUCCCGUACCACGCAAUGAUGGACAGCACCGAGGACGGGGACUACAUGACCGAGGUGCGAUCACCGAGCUCCGGGCCCUCAAGUCCCCUCUCGGUCAACUCUGACUCCAGCUGCACCAGCCCGGAAGCCAAGUCCUCCACACAGCAGAGGGUUAGGAGGCCUCUGAACGCCUUCAUCAUCUGGACAAAAGAGGAGCGCAGGCGCCUGGCCCAGCUCAACCCGGACCUGGAGAACACCGAUCUCAGCAAAAUACUCGGAAAGACUUGGAAGGCUAUGUCUUUGGCAGAGAAACGUCCAUACAUGCAGGAGGCCGAGCGCUUGAGGGUCCAGCACACCAUCGACUACCCCAACUACAAGUACAGGCCACGCAGGAGGAAGCAGCUAAAGAAGAGCUCCAGCAAGCCUCAAAUCCCAGAGACCCCUGGCCCACCACCUUUGCCCCAAAACUGCACCCCUGGCUACAGCGUUCCCUAUGGCCUCAGCUACCUGCUCCAGAACCAGCAGCAGCCCUAUGGACCAACCCAGUGCACAUAUCCAACAACGUUCCAGGACACAACCAAUGCUUUUGAUGCUAUGUGCCCUCCUCACUACUCUGCCGAUCUACAGCCGUACUACAGCCAAGUGCAGAGCAACCUCUUGGACCAGGAUGAGUCCAGGUUGUACCCCAGCCCCUCCCUAGACUUGUACCUGGAGCAGAUUCAGUUGGACACUCUGUAUGAUCUGGACCGCAGUGAGUUUGAACAAUACCUGGGACCCCCCGCACUCAGGCCAGAGUCAGUGGACCCCAACAGCUACCAGCUCAACUACAGAGAGGAGCGGUCCCUCUCAUAAAUCCAGG